AUGUCUUGGGCAGGAUUCAAGAAAAAUGUCAACAGAGCUACGACGCAGGUGAUGAUGAAGACGGGGCAUGUUGAGAGAACAAAUGAUCGCGACUAUGAGAUUGAGGAACGGCGGUACCGGACCAUGGAGACUGCGGCGAACCGCUUGCAGAAGGAAGCGAAGGGAUAUCUUGAUUCACUACGAGCCAUGACCGCGUCUCAAAUGCGCAUUGCAGAGACCAUCGAUGCAUUCUACGGCGAUGCCGGAACCCGCGACGGCGUAAGCCGAAGCUACAAGCAGGCCGUGGAGGAUCUCGACGCAGAAACCAUCAAGGCCCUCGACGGGCCAUACCGCGCCACCGUCCUUGACCCGAUCUCCCGAUUCUGCGCUUACUUCCCAGAUGUCAACGAAUGUAUCAAGAAGCGAAACCACAAACUCCUCGACUACGACGCGAUGCGCGCAAAGGUCAAGAAGCUCGCUGAGAAGCCCGACAAGGACGUUACCAAGCUUCCACGCACCGAGCGCGAGGCGGAAAUGGCCAAGCAAGCAUACGAGCAGCUGAACGAGCAGCUCUUCAACGAACUUCCUCAGUUGAUCGAUCUGCGCGUGCCAUAUUUGGAUCCCAGCUUCGAAGCCCUCGUCAAAAUUCAAUUGCGGUUCUGUGCUGAGGCGUACUCGCGCAUGGCCCAGGUGCAACAGUACCUCGACGCUGAGACGCGCGACCAGUACGCAAAGGGCGAUCUGGACAACCGGGUCGAAGAAGUGUUGCAGGAGAUUCGCGAUCUGAGCAUCGCAGGCACGGUCUAA